AUGGGAUGUGGCGUUCUGGCGGAACGUAGAGACCAUGUUCCACGAUCAAGAGACCGGAUGGCAGAGCAGGAGAGCGUCGUAGCUAUUGAAGAACCCUCCGUGCACGUGGGGACACCCAAGUCUAAUGCAUUGUACGAGAACGCCAAGUCGCUGGCGGCGGGCGCCGUGGGCGGAGUGUGCGCGGUGCUGACCGGGCAUCCAUUUGACCUUCUGAAGGUGCGCUGCCAGUCCAACCAGGCAUCCGGCACGGUGGACGCCGUGCGCAAGAUUCUGGUUGAGGCGCGCGCGCAGUCCGGGCUGUCGGCCGUGAACAUGAUGCGCGGUUUCUACAAGGGCGUGAUUCCGCCGCUGUUGGGCGUGACACCCAUCUUCGCGGUGAGCUUCUGGGGCUACGAUGUGGGCAAGAAGUUGGUUACCUGGAACGACAACUCCGGCAAGCUGACGACGGCGCAGCUUGCGACCGCGGGCUUCAUCUCGGCGAUUCCCACGACGCUCGUGAUGGCACCCACGGAGCGUGUCAAGGUUGUGUUACAGACACAGUCCAAUCACUCACUGGGUAGUGCGGCUAAGCACAUCCUAGCCACAGGUGGCGUACGGUCGCUGUUCAGGGGCUCCCUUGCCACUCUGGCACGUGACGGCCCCGGCAGCGCCCUGUACUUUGCAUCUUACGAGGCAACCAAGGCAUAUCUCAAUGCCCGUUCCGGCACCAACGAAUUGAGCAUCAAGAACGUCUGCCUCGCGGGUGGUAUGGCCGGCGUCUCGAUGUGGGUCGGUGUUUUCCCAAUAGAUACGAUAAAGACUGAGCUGCAGUCGAGCAACACUCGGCAGACCAUGAUGGAGGCUACUCGUAAGAUCUACAACACGCGUGGGGGGAUUAAGGGCUUCUUCCCCGGCAUCGGUCCGGCUUUGCUGCGUUCCUUCCCGGCCAACGCCGCUACCUUCUUGGGCGUGGAACUAACUCACUCCCUCUUUAAAAAGUACAACAUCUGA